CUCUCUUCCAAGCUCGAGAGAGAGAGAGAGAGAGAGAGCGAGAGGGAGAGAGAAAGUUCAUUCCUUUCUUGUGGCUAAGUGCGCGGAGAGCUCUGAAACACUUGAGGAUUGUGAUCAAAAGCGCGUUUUUUUUGCGGUAUUUGAGGGGUUUUGAAGGUUGGGAGGGAGGAGAAGGAGGGAAGUUGAAGGAGAGAAGGAUGAAGUACGUAUUGGUAACUGGAGGAGUUGUGAGUGGCCUGGGGAAAGGGGUGACGGCGAGCAGCAUAGGGUUGGUGCUCAAGUCUUGCGGGCUUCGGGUCACAUCUAUAAAGAUUGAUCCCUAUCUAAACACAGAUGCAGGAACAAUGUCGCCAUUUGAACAUGGGGAAGUGUUUGUUUUAGAUGAUGGUGGCGAGGUUGAUUUGGAUCUAGGGAAUUAUGAGAGAUUUCUUGACAUUAAAUUAACCAGUGACAACAAUAUCACCACUGGCAAGAUUUAUCAGCAUGUCAUUAAUAAGGAAAGAAGGGGAGAUUAUCUUGGAAAAACCGUCCAGGUUGUUCCGCACAUUACGGAUGCAAUACAAGAAUGGAUAGAAUGUGUAGCUAUGAUACCAGUUGAUGGCAAAGAAGGGCCUCCUGAUGUUUGUGUCAUAGAAUUGGGUGGAACUAUAGGAGACAUGAUGUUUUCACGGCAUAAUGAGAAUGGAAUUCUUGAUGCAGGGGAUAUUGAAUCAAUGCCAUUUAUUGAAGCUCUGGGUCAAUUUUCAUAUCGCGUUGGACCUGGGAACUUCUGCUUGGUUCAUGUCAGUCUUGUGCCAGUUCUAAACGUGGUUGGUGAACAGAAAACUAAACCAACACAACAUAGUGUUCGUGGACUAAGAGGACUAGGACUGUCACCUCAUAUCCUAGCAUGUCGCAGCUCUAAGGCACUGGAGGAAAAUGUGAUAGAAAAACUCUCACAAUUUUGCCAUGUUCCGGCAUCAAAUAUCAUCACUCUAUAUGAUGUGACUAACAUCUGGCAGGUUCCUUUGUUAUUAAAGGAGCAAAAGGCACAUGAAGCUAUUUUGAAGCAAUUGAGCCUUCUAAGUGUUGCUCGGGUACCAAUGCUGGAAGAAUGGAUGGCUAGAGUCAAAAUCUGUGACACAUUGCAUGAUUCUGUUAGGAUUGCUAUAGUUGGCAAAUAUACCGGUCUGACUGAUGCCUACCUGUCUGUAUUGAAGGCACUCUUGCAUGCUUCUGUAGCUUGUCGUCGGAAGCUUGUAGUGGAGUGGGUGCCUGCCUCUGACCUUGAGGAUGCUACUUUGAAAGAGACACCCGAUGCUCAUAUUGCAGCAUGGAAUCUGUUGAAGGGUGCAGAUGGUGUGCUAGUUCCUGGAGGUUUCGGAGACAGAGGUGUUCAAGGGAAGAUUCUUGCAGCAAAACAUGCUCGAGAAAACAAUAUUCCUUUUCUUGGCAUUUGUCUGGGCAUGCAAACUGCUGUAAUUGAGUAUUGUCGAUCCGUUCUUAACUUACACGAUGCGAACAGCACAGAGUUUGAUCCAGACACAACAAACCCAUGUGUUAUUUUUAUGCCGGAGGGUUCAAAAACUCACAUGGGAGGGACAAUGAGACUUGGAUCGAGAAGGACAUAUUUCCAGGUGGCGGACUGCAAAUCUGCAAAGUUGUAUGGAAACGCCAAAUUUGUUGAUGAACGCCACCGUCAUAGAUAUGAGGUGAAUCCUGAUAUGGUAAAGGAACUUGAGGAGGCUGGUCUUUCAUUUGUUGGCAAAGAUGAAACUGGAAAAAGGAUGGAGAUUAUUGAGUUACCUACUCACCCUUACUUCAUCGGUGUUCAAUUUCAUCCAGAGUACAAAUCAAGACCCGGAAAGCCCUCUGCUCCUUUCUUAGGACUCAUAGCUGCCUCAUGUGGCCAGUUGGAUGGUUUGCUGGGCCAAGCUAGUAGAUUACCAAGAAGUGUAUUGGGAUCAAAGGGUUACCAAAAUGGAAAUUCAAACAAGACUAAGAAGCAAAUAGGGACAGGAAGUUUUUACCUGAAUGGUAAUGGUAAUGGUGUUCAUGCGUUGACAAGUUAGACUAACUGAUAAGUGUUGUUUGUUCCUUCCUGUGGUAUUCUUCUGAGGAGCCUGAGAAGGAAGUGGUUUUGCUGUUAUAGGUAGCUUGAAGUAUUGUUUACAGUGUUCGGAGCUCGUUCCAGGCUUUUAACAAGGAAUGAGCUUGUAUUGUUUUUUCUUUUUCUUUUUUUUUUAAUUUUUGCUUUAUUUAUAUGUUGGAAAUCUUUUCUUUUAUGUUUUUAUGUUCAGACGUCCUAGUGUUACCACUUGUAAAUUCUAAGUAACUUUCUUUGUAUGAAAAUCAAAUCAUGCUUUGUUAUCCAGUGGCCCUGUUUUGUUGUA